AUGGAUGCCCUGCAAAGAGAUGUGCAGGCUUUGCAUCCUAACGCCCAAGAUAUGGAUUACUUUUUUUGUUCUAACAAUCCACUGGCUUCUGAAGUAGUGACUGUAGGCUUACCAACCAAGUUCAAAGUUCCAAAGGAAAUGUUCGAAGGAAGAAGGGCUUCUGAUGCUGCGAAGUGCAAGGCCAUCUCAACAACCCUUAAGGGAAAUGCAAAAGAUAGGUCUGUCUCUCCUACAGGGCCAGAGUUUUUCACAAUUAGGUUUGAUGUUCUUGGGAAAAUUCCAGGCUCAUGGAACAAUAAUGAGCACUCCUAUGGGUUUAAUAGAUUAAAGAUGUCAGAUGAUCGAUCAAUUGAUUUAAAUGAAAGUGAAUCAGCCACACCUAGUGUGAACCCGUUUAUAGACCAACCUCCCGAGGUAGAAGAAGAAAACAUUAGGGAAAUAGAUGAAAAAUGUAGAAAUGAACCUGAUAUGUUAAGAGUUUUAGUUGAUGCUCUCCAACAAGUAGCGGGAACUGUACCUGCUACCACAUUUAUACCUAUUCCUAGACGGGCCCCGAUUAAGAAAUUGAGAAAAUACGGUGCCACGGAAUUUUCGGGUCUGAAAGGUGUUGAUCCAUUAGUAGCUGAGAAUUGGAUAGAAGCGACAAAAAGAAUUUUACAACAGUUAGAGUGUACUCCCCGAGAAAGUCUGUUGAGUGCUGUAUCUCUAUUACAGGGUGAGGCAUAUUUAUGGUGGGAAUCUGUUAUCCGACACUUGCCGACUGAUCAGGUAUCAUGGAAUUUAUUUCAGAAAGAGUUUCAAAAGAAAUAUAUCGGGGAAAUAUAUAUUGAAAACAAGAAACAAGAAUUUCUGACUUUGAAACAAGGUGAAAUGAUAGUAAUAGAUUAUGAACGGGAAUUUUCAAGACUUGGUAGAUAUGCAUCAGAGUUUAUACCGACUGAAGCCGACAGUUGUAAAAGAUUCUUACGGGGACUAAGAGAAGAAAUAAAAGUGUUACUGAUAUCUCAGCGAAUUACUGAAUUUGUUGAUCUGAUAGAACGGGCUAAGAUGAUAGAACAAGUUCUGGGGCUUGAUAAAAAGACUGAACCUUCUAAAUCGGUUGGGAAACGUACGGGAACUACAAUUUCGAAUCCAUUACCGAAAAGAUUCCGAGACUCUAGAAGUGGUUGGAGAUCUAGCUUCAGAUCAGAUAGAGGAGGAAAGAGUCAGGGGAAGCAAACUACAGCCUCUACUGGUAGUGUAAGAGGUCCAUCUCGAGAUACUAUUAUUCCGAAUGUGAGCAUUGUGGGAGAAGACACAGAGAGAUCAGUAUCUACUGCCAGAGGCAGAGGAUUGGGCAGAGGUGGUUUUGCAUCUCAAGGAGGUAGUGCUAGAGGAAGUAGUGAUGUUGUUACACAGCAGUCGGAGGCCAGAGUUCCAGCUAGAGUUUAUAUGGUCAGAACUCGAGAAGAGAGGGAUGCACAUGAUGUUGUAACAGGUAUAUUCUUAUUGUAUUCCGAACCUGUUUAUGUUUUAAUUGACCCUGGGUCUUUGCAUUCAUAUGUAAAUUCAAAAUUGGUUGAAUUGGGAAAAUUAGAAUUUGAGAUGUCUAGUGUAGCAAUAGAAGUGUCAAGUCCGUUAGGACAGACGGUAUUAGUAAAUCAAGUUUGUCCGAUAUGCCCGUUGGUUAUACAAAAUAAAAUUUUUCCGGUUAAUCUAUUGAUUACGCCAUUUGGAGACUUUGAUGUAAUAUUGGGUAUGGAUUGGUUGUCUGAGCAUGGUGUAAUUUUAGACUGCUAUGAAAAGAAGUUCAGUAUUCAGGCUGAUGAUGGAAACAAUAUUAAGGUAAAGGGUAUUCAAAAUAGUGGAACAACACGUGUUGUCUCAGCAAUGAAAGCUAGUAAGAUGUUACAGCAGGGUUGUACAGCAUACUUAGCUUAUGUUAUUAAUUUAGAUACAGUGGGUAGUCCAUGCAGUAAAAUCCAAACAGUUUAAGAAUUUCCAGAUGUUUUUCCAGAGGAACUACCGGGUUUACCACCUGACAGAGAAGUUGAAUUUGCUAUAGAGGUUUAUCCGGGUACUGCUCCAAUUUCUAUACCCCCUUAUCGUAUAGCACCUACUGAAUUGAAGGAGUUAAAGAUACAGUUGCAAGAUUUAUUAGAUAGUGGUUUUAUUCGGCCAAGUAUUUCACCGUGGGGAGCUCCGGUAUUAUUUGUUAAAAAGAAAGAUGGUUCGAUGCGACUUUGUAUUGAUUAUAGACAAUUGAAUAAAGUAACAAUCAAGAACAAAUAUCCACUCCCUCGUAUUGAUGAUUUAUUUGAUCAGCUGAAAGGAGCUUCUGUAUUCUCAAAGAUAGACUUGAGAUCGGGUUACUACCAACUGAAAGUAAAAGAAUGUGAUGUACCGAAGACAGCUUUCUGUACGAGGUAUAGUCAUUAUGAAUUUUUAGUAAUGUCAUUUGGAUUGACUAAUGCUCCAACUGCUUUUAUGGAUCUGAUGAACCGUAUAUUUCAGCCGUAUUUGGAUCAAUUUGUUGUGGUCUUCAUUGAUGAUAUACUUACUUUGUGAGAAAAGCAACUGUAUGGGAAAUUUAGUAAAUGUGAGUUCUGGUUAUCAGAGGUUGUAUUUCUAGGACAUGUAGUAUCAGCGGAAGGAAUCAGAGUUGAUCCGAAGAAAAUUGAAGCCAUAGUUCAAUGGAAAGCUCCAAGGAAUGUGUAUGAGGUACGUAGUUUUCUUGGUUUGGCUGGAUAUUAUAGAAGAUUUGUAAAUGGAUUCUCGAAAAUAGCCAUGCCGAUGACUAAGUUGCUACAGAAGAAUGUUUCUUUUAUAUGGGAUGACCAAUGUCAGAAGAGUUUUGAGACAUUAAAACAAAUGUUAACCGAGGCACCAGUUUUAACAUUAUCCGAAUCAGGAAAGGAUUUUAUUGUGUACAGUGAUGCUUCUUUAAGUGGUUUGGGUUGUGUACUGAUGCUAGAUGGAAAAUUUAUUGCUUAUGCAUCUCAUCAGUUGAAACAACACGAGUGUAAUUAUCUGACACAUGACCUGGAGUUAGCAGCUGUGAUUUUUGCUUUGAAGAUUUGGAGGCAUUAUCUUUAUGGUGAAAAAUGCUACAUAUUCACUGAUCAUAAAAGUCUAAAGUAUCUUCUUUCCCAAAAAAAAUUGAAUUUGAGACAGAGACGGUGGAUCGAGCUCUUGAAAGAAUAUGAUUGUGUUAUAGACUACUAUCCGGGAAAAGCAAAUAUAGUAGCGGAUGCAUUGAGUAGAAAAACGGCAAUUGAGUUAAGAGCCAUGUUUGCACUUUCAAGAUCACCGAUGAUGGAAAUCAUUAAUGAGUUAAAAAGUGUUUGUAUUCCAGAUAACUCUGAAUUGAAAGAACUAAUACUUCGAGAAGCACAUGAUGGCUCAUUUGCUCUACACCCCGGAGGUACAAAAAUAUAUCGUAAUUUACGAAAUUUGUAUUGGUGGCCCGGAAUGAAAAGAGACAUAGUUGAAUAUGUUGGUAAAUGCCUUACAUGUCAACGGGUAAAGGCAGAACAUCAGGUACCGACUGGUUUACUUCAGCCUAUUAAUAUUCCUGCAUGGAAAUGGGAUCGUAUCACGAUGGAUUUUGUUAUGGGACUACCGUUGUCAGCAAGUAAAAAGAAUGCUAUUUGAGUGAUAGUCGAUAGACUUACUAAGUCAGCACAUUUUAUAGCAGUCAAAACAGAUUGGUCGUUACAGAGACUUGCUGAGGUAUAUAUCCGAGAAAUUGUUAGACUACACGGUAUUCCGGAAUCAAUAAUUUCAGAUCAAGAUCCUCAGUUUACAUCGAGAUUUUGGAGGCAAUUACAUGAAUCCUUAGGUACACAGCUUAAUUUUAGCACAGCAUUUCAUCCGCAAACUGACGGACAGUCUGAACGGGUAAUUCAAAUUUUAGAAGAUAUGCUUCGAGCUUGUAUUAUGGAGUUUGAAUCAGGUUGGGAACGUUAUUUGCCUUUAGCUGAAUUUGUUUAUAAUAAUAGUUUCCAAUCUAGUAUUCAAAUGGCUCCGUAUGAAGCAUUAUAUGGACGAAGAUGUAGAUCACCCGUGUGUUGGACAGAGCUGAAUGGAAGAAAAGUGAUUGGGCCAGAAUUGAUCCAAGAAACUGAAGAAACAGUUAAGAAGAUACAAGAGAGAUUAAAAGCACCUUUUGACAGACAGAAGUCUUAUGCCGAUUUAAAACGACGGGACAUUGAGUAUUCGGUUAGCGAUAAAGUAUUUCUUAAAGUCUCUCCUUGGAAGAAAGUGUUGAGAUUUGGCAGGAAAGGUAAAUUGAGUCCUCGUUUCAUUGGACCGUAUGAGAUAGUAGAGAGAAUUGGACCAGUGGCUUAUCGGUUAGCUUUACCUCCAGAGUUACAGAAAAUACACGAUGUUUUUAAUGUUUCAAUGCUCCAAAGAUAUCGAUCAGAUCCUUCUCAUGUCAUAACUACUGAGGAUAUUGAGCUUCGACCAGAUUUAUCAUUCGAAGAAGAACCAGUUGAGAUUUUAGCCCGAGAGGUAAAGGAAUUAAGAAAUAAAAGAGUUCCUUUAGUAAAAGUACUUUGGAGAAGUCAUAAAAUGGAAGAAGCAACAUGGGAACCGGAAGAAACUAUGAGAACUCAGUACCCUCACCUAUUCUCAGGGUUUGAGGUGAAGAGAAUAUUGGUUGAUAGUGGCAGUGUUGUGGAGUUGUUAACUUGGGAUGCUUACCAGAAAAUGAGGUUGAAAGAGCAAGUUUUAAGGAGGGAUUUGUCAGAGGCUUUUUCCGUUUUGCUAGCUCAUAGCAUGAAAUUGUGCCUGGAGAAAUGUGUUUUUGAUGUAAAAGCAGGCAAAUUCUUAGGCUUUUUGGUUUUACAGAGAAGAAUAGAAGCGAACCGAGAAAAGAUUCAAGCUAUUUUGGAUAUGCCUCCUCCAAGAACUAGCAAGGAUAUUCAGUGUUUAAAGGGGAGGGUGGUUAUGCUCAACAAGUUCGUCUCCAGGAUGGCAGGCAAAUGCUUAGGUAUAUACGAGCUCAAGUAUGAAAACGUAUAUACGAGCUCAAAUAUUAAUCCACAGACCUAA